GAGGCGAGGAUUUUUCAAAUCUUUCAAACUUCAUCCAAAGGAAGAUAUUUAAUUCAGUGUUCAUAAUAGUUCAGUUAUUUUGCUUUUAAAUUUGUAUACAGGCUAUUCGGUGUAUCUUAGAAAUAAGUUUUGAUAACAAGCGCUUCCAGGCUUGACGUAUAGGCGUUAGCAGCUGUUUUGCGGAGGCGAGCAGAGGGACGUACGGUAUAAAUGGGAAGCCAAGCGGAUCUGGGAGAUACUGGCGCUGUGGAGCAGAUGUGACUCCUCGAUUAACUGGCGAAUGAGACCUGGCUAAAUAUUGGGUCGUGUUAUUUUUAUGGAUGCUUUGAAUGUUGCUACUCUUGUGUAGCACUUUUGAAUAGAAAACAUUCCACCUAUGGGUCGCGACGUCGUACAUUAGAGAAUACAAUUUCUCUCUCGUGUUAUUUCUGGAGGAUGUUAAUUCGUUACACUGGUAACUUUUGAGUAUUGAAGUGGAAUUGGACAUUUUCAAGUUCUGAAGACUUGAAGCGAUCUUGCUUAUGGAGACUUCCGUACUUAUGGACAAUCUCGACAAGCGUCCUCGACUACAAACGCUCCCCCACGUUUCUCACCCACACCGUCCAGCCACACUAGCUGUGCAUCACUGAAACAUGACGGGCCCAUCGCCCCCCGUGCCGCUCUCUAACCGGAGUCGGGGGGGCCUGGCCGCAUUGGCCGCCCGGCGGGACAACCUGACGGGGGGGUGGUCCGGCCUGCCUCAGAGGAGCCCCACGGUGGCGGGACUCUACAUGACGCUCGGCAUCCUCUCCAACGUCGUGGCGCUGGUCAUCCUGGUGAAGGCCUAUUACCGGGUGCACCGGCGUUCCAAAGCCACCUUCCUGCUGCUCGCCAGCUCCCUGGUGGCCACCGAUUUGGCCGGCCAUGUCGUCGCCGGGGCCCUGGUGCUGCGGCUCUACCUGCACGAGGCCGGCCUCGACUCCACGGAUUCCACGUGCAGCUUCCUGGGUGCCUGCAUGGUCUUCUUCGGCCUCUGCCCGCUCUUCCUGGGCUGUUCCAUGGCGGUGGAGCGGUGCUUGGGCGUGACGAGGCCGCUCCUGCACGCCUCGCUGGUCAGCACAACGCGCACUAAGCUCUGCCUGUCUGGCAUCUUGCUGGCAGCGCUGUGCAUGGCUCUCAUGCCCAUCUUCAGUCUUGGUUCCUACACCUACCAGUACCCAGGAACCUGGUGCUUUAUCAGUGUCUUGAACAACGUCGGACCCCAGGACCUGGCAUUUGUCCUGCUCUUCUCGGGACUGGGCCUGGCGUCUCUGGCUGUAGCGUUUGUCUGCAAUACCAUCAGCGGGCUCACGCUGGUGUGGGCGAGGCUGCGCAGGAAACCCUGCGGCUGCCGCUCCACCAAGUCCCACGACAUCGAGAUGGUGGUACAACUGGUGGGGAUAAUGGUCACGUCCUGCAUCUGCUGGAGCCCCCUGCUGAUUUUUGGCUUGAUGUCAGCAAUACGGUCUCACAACCAGUCGCUGGGGGAAGACCUGGAAAAAUACCGGUAUCUAAUGAUGAAGGGCGUAUACCUGGCCGCCUUGAACCAGAUCCUGGACCCUUGGGUCUACAUUCUCCUCCGUCGAGCCGUGCUGAGGAAGAUCUGCCUGGUCACCAAUCAGCCGGCAAACCUCAGGGAGAACACCUCCCAUCGCUGGGGGGUCAGCUCCUUUCGGGGUUUGGAGAAGUUCUCCUUAAAGCGGACCUGGGAGCAGCAUGCAGCCCAGGGCUUACGGGGGGGGUCACCUCUCUGGCAGGGGUGACAGGGACAGACAUUUGCUUCAUCCUUGAAGGAUGCUGGCUUCCUACACUGUCAGGAAAAAGGGCACAGCCCAGGCAUAGUUUUGUACCCCAAGGUACAAAUAACAUUAAUGUACCCCCAAUGGCAGUGGCGUGCACAGACAUUUUGGGGGGCAAGUGCUCCAGGGGGAAAAAAGGGCACUUUUUG